AUGUCUUGGAAGUCUCUUUUGACCUAUGUGCUGCUCGCGAGCGCCGUGUCAGCUGCUCCAGGCUCCAACUUUAAAGCCUUGGAGCAAUGUGUCAGCGGUGCUCUCGCGGCAGGAGGAAAUGCUGCCAAGCGCAUGCAGUCGCCUGCAAAUGCGACUUGGGACGAUGCCUAUAUCGGUGCCAUUAUCAAGCCAGAAACGCCUGCCAUGAUUACCUUCGCGGAGAGUUUUACUGAAGUGGGCGCGUUGAUGGGCUGCGCCAACAGCACCGGCUACCAAGCUGUACCACGUUCAGGACGGCACCACUUCGAAGGCUGGUCGGCACUCAAUGGAUCUCUGGUCAUCGACGUAUCCUCCCUCGACUACGUCAAAGUCUCCACUGACCUCAGCAACGCAACCAUCGGAGCCGGUGCCAAUCUCGGUCAAAUCUACACAGAGUUGAGUGUCGUGAACAAGACGUUUCUGGGGGGAAUCUGUCCCACUGUGGCUCUAGGCGGGUAUCUCGGUGUGGGAGGCUACAGCCUUCAGCACCGAGCUCUGGGCAUCGCUGUCGACCAGGUGCUUUCCUUCAAGGCAAUUUUGGCCAGCGGCGAGCUCAUCAACGUGUCCACCACCUCGUAUCCAGACUUGUGGUUCGCGGCACGGGGUGGUGGCCAGUAUGCUUUCAUCGUCGAGGCAACGGUCAAGAUUCUCACCUUGCCACGAUCCGCCAUGGUCGUUGGCUUCUACAACAACUCGGACACCCGUUACGAGGUAGCCCGGAAAUGGCUCGACUGGGCACCGACUGCGCCCAAGGAGCUCACCACCCAGCUCAAUGUCUACAACAACCGCACACACUUGAUCGGGUGGUACCUGGGUGGUACUACCGAACAGCUUCGCGCGGUCUUGAACACAUCAGGUCUUUUGGACGUCGCAGACGGUGUUGUGUCCAUCGACGGAAACUGCAGUACAGCGAAUUCGCGCAUGUACUGGCAGGAUCCUUCGACACGGUGCACCGACGAUGCGUCGGCCUACCAGGCUUUCCUCAAGGUGUACAAUACCGAGUCGAUCAACCUGACGCCGAUCCAGCCGGUGUUCCGCCUCGACAACGCACCCGCGCUGCCCUCCGAGCCGGUGGCCGAGCCGUGGCCUCGAUUCGGCGUCAUCAGCAAGACAUACUUUACGCAGAAGAGCCGGCCGAUCGCGAACGACACGCUGAGGGAACUCAUCGACAGUUCAGCCUCGUUGAGCCCCGACGCCGGCUUCUGGGGCGAGUGGACCAGUUUCGGCGUCGCGAAUGCGACCACGACGUCAGCCUUCCCGUGGUUGGACGAGGCGCAGGUGUUGAUGCGCAUCGAGAUGAACUCGCCCAAGAACGUCACCAAGUACAACCAGAACCGCGCGUGGCUGUUGAAUUUCGAGAAGUUCUUCCGUCCCAGAGUCGGGAAUGCGAGCUACUCAGGAUAUGUCGAUGCCGACAUCAGCGUCAACCCCCUGACCGCAUUCUACGGCAACAACACCUGCCGAUUGAUCAGCAUUAAGCAGAAAUACGACCCCAACAAUUUCUUCCGAAACCCUUUUUCGGUCCCGACCCAGGUACCGCAGGGAAUUUCUUGCUGA